CGCUGCAGCUGUCAGAUUGGGAGCCGCCUUCAUCCCAAACAGCAACAACAAGAGCUUAGAGAGCAAAAAAGACAGAGGAAUGUCGUCGCCUGUGUAGUGCAGUGCUUAUAGGACAGAGCAUCUUCUGAUUCUGGAGCCAUCACCAAAAACCCUCCAAUUCUCAACCCAGUGCUGCUAUGGAGACCCCCAAGAACUAUGUCUUCAUCCACGGGAAGAACGUCUCCCACAACACGUUGGCUGGCUCCACUGCGGGACCCCACAUGUCCAUUGACAAGCUGUUUCCGGCUCUUCUCGAGUGCUUUGGAAUCAUUCUGUGUGGUUAUAUAGCUGGACGGGCUGACAUGAUCACGGAGAGCCAGGCAAAGGGUUUGGGGAACUUUGUCUCUAAAUUCGCUCUUCCUGCUUUGCUCUUUAAAAACAUGGUCCUGUUGGAUUUUGGGGACGUCAUUUGGGCUUUCCUUUGGAGUGUCUUGGUAGCAAAGGUUACAGUGUUUGUACUGGUGUGUGUGCUGACGCUGAUGGUGGCCAGUCCAGACAAUAGAUAUAGCAAGGCUGGUCUCUAUGCCAUCUUUGCUACCCAGAGUAAUGACUUUGCCUUGGGAUACCCAAUUGUCGACGCUUUGUAUCGAAGUACGUACCCAGAAUACCUGCAGUACAUCUACUUAGUCGCCCCGGUUUCCCUCAUGCUCCUCAAUCCCAUCGGCUUUGCUCUUUGUGAGGUGCAAAGGUGGAGGCAGGCCAGCCAUCUGCAACACAGUAGUCUUAGUAUUCUGGGAAUUGUAGUUUUACAGGUGUUGAAGAACCCAAUAGUGUUCAUGGUGAUAGUGGGAAUCAUCUCUCAUUUUGCCCUGGGAGAACGGAUUCCCUCUGUUCUUUCUGAGUUCAUCGAUGGCCUGGCCAACUCCUUCGGAGGAGCAGCGUUGUUUUACCUUGGCCUCACUAUGGUCGGCCAGCUAAGAAAAUUAACCAGAGACACUGGAGUUGCCCUGAUUCUCCUCAUAACAGCCAAACUCCUGGUAAUGCCGUUGGUCUGCAAAGACAUGGUGGACAUCCUGGACGUCGGGGUGAACAGCACAACCCCGAACCACACCAGUUUAUCCAAUUUUGCUUUUCUCUACGGAGUCUUUCCAACUGCACCAAGCGUGGCUAUAUAUGCUGGCCACUACAACAUGGAGCUGGAGGUGGUGACGUCUGGGAUGGUGAUCAGCACUUUUUUGUCUGCUCCGAUCAUGUACGUGUCUGCCUGGUUGUUGACCAUUCCUUUGAUGGACCCUAGCCCCCUAGUGGCAGAGCUGGAAAAUGUCAGCUUCAACAUCAGCAUCAUGAGCCUCAUAGGACUGGUCUGGACCAUCGCUCUGAUGUUGCUGAGGAGGAAAUUUAAUCAGCUCCCUCAUCUAUUUGUAUUGAACCUUUUCCUGGCUCAGUUCUUAGUGUGCAUUAGCAUGAUCCUGUGGAACUUUCUGGUGAAACAAGAAGAUCAUUUCCUCAGUAAAGUUCUCACCUUCACUGUAUUGUAUGGAUCUCUGUACAGCACUUACAUCUGGACAGGUUUAAUCCCUCUGUGUCUUGCUCUGACUAACAGAGAUGAUCUGCUCAGACUCAGACCUGGGCUCUUCAUGGCUGUGGGCUGGGGGAUUCCCUUUGUGAUGGUUGGACUCCUACUCAUAUCAGGAGAAAGGACGGAAACCCUUGACUCUGCUUUCUUCUAUGGCAGAGCUCAGAUAAUCAGCUCUGCUGUUGUUCUGGGUGUGAGCCUGGCCCUUGGUGCCUUUUCUCUAAUGGGUCUGAGCCAGGGGGACCGGGAGCUGAUUGGGUACGAAGCCCUGAGCCGAACUGCUAUCACUGGGAUCAAUGAUGAACUGAGGGCCCCUGCUGACCUGGAAGAUCAACAACAGCAGCAGCAGCAGCAGCAACAGGAGGCCAACUCCACAAAUUCUCCCAUCUGCAGCAUCAAUUCACGCCACAGCGGAGUACCAUGUGACAGACAGCAGCCGAGUUCAUCAGACUCGGAGCAACCGCUCAAUUUGCCUCCUCCAGGCCUUCAGAAUACUGAUGACAAGCAGGCUGUGAGACAUGUGUUGCUCUGUUUGCUGCUCAACGUCAGUCUGCUGGCUAAUCUGUCCAGCUGUCUCUGGUGGCUGUUCAACAAAGAUCCAGGCCGGCUUUACCUGGAGCUGCAGUUUUUCUGUGCUGUGGCCAACUACGGGCAGGGCUUCCUUUCAUUUGGAAUAUUUGGUCUGGACAGACACCUCAUCAUUGUGCCGUUCAAGAACAGGUUUGUCAGCCUGUGGCACAGCCAAGAUGGAGAGGGUCUGAAUCCGUCUGCCGUGCCCGAGGAUGUCCGACUCACCCGUACCCAGUUUGUCCGCUACCACAAAGACCAGUGUGUACAAGACAUAGUGCACACUCACAGUGGCUCAAGGGAGAGUGUGAAUGCUUCGGCAGGUGAAUCAUUCCUCUGAUUGUCACAGGUUUGGGUGAGUGAAGCAGGAGAAUGGAAUUGGACGUUACCUUUCCCAUCAUCCCCAGUAUUUAAAUACAAAUCCUCAGAGAGAUGGCAAGUCACAGAAUCUGCACAGGAAUUCCAGUCCAGACGAAUCAUGCAACCAAAUUUCACUUCCUUCCAAUAUGGAGAGUUCAGAUAAACACCUCGGAUACAUUUCUACCCAUCAGGGACACAAUGACCUCUACUCAAGCGCGCCCCAGUUCUGCCCUGAAGGAGUCUUUCGAGGGAGUGACUUGGUGGACUGGUUAGAACAAGUUCUGUGUGCCAGAUGGGCCGAGGCCAAACAUUACGCCGUUCGUCUUCAGAGGGGCGGAGUGGUGCGCCACCCGACAGGCCAGCAGAGCUUCAGGGACGAGCCCACUCUAACCUACUACUUCCUGCAGGAGGAGGGAUGGCCCAGGAACAUCUUUGAGGACGAACAGAAACUUUGGGAUGCCAAACAAAAAGUACCUUAUGGUGAAAUUACCACAAGAUACUAGCUGGAUUGUUGCAAGACCCAACAUUACAUUACUCAUCAAAAUCUGUUUUACGGGGAGAAAAUCCUUUUGCAUUGUAAAAGUAUUGAGUAGUGCUUUGCCAUUGUCAUAAGAAAAACAACAAAACUAGUCUUGACCUCUGACUGGGGGUCAUAAACUCAACAUCCAGGCUUUUCCAAUUAUUUCCUAUCUGAGCUCCAGGUCAGGGUACCAACACUCUUCAAUGUGGUGACUGUUACUGAGGUACAAAGUGUCAAAUGUAUCUGUUUUUAGUGUCAGUUUGCGGGUUUGAAGACAUUCAAAUGCAAGAAGGUAUUUAGAAAAAGAGAGAGAGAGAUGAAGCUGAUAACAAGAAGGUUGAACAGAGUCAGAGUAGCAAGACACUCUUGUUUUAUGCUGUUUUUAAACAGAUAGAGAUUUCUAUUUUAUAACGCUAAGCAUGAGUGGAUGCUUCAAAUAUCAACUUUGUUUAAGACAAUGAAACAUUUUUACAGCUACUCCUCUCUCACACGGUGUGACAUGGCCUCUACUUCCAAUCGAAAUAAUUUAUGAUCGCUUACAUCAGGAAGGCAAGGAAAAAAUAUAAAUUUUUGAUUUUCUGUAUUCUAAUUUCUAAAAAACAGUCAUCAUCAAUAAGAUCUGGUCAAAUUUUUACCAAAACUGCAGAGUCUGAAUUCUGAUUGGUGCGUAAUUAGCGAGAACUUAUCUAAAAAGAGUGUGGUACAUAAAGACAGAAACACUACUGGUUGGGCAUUCAGUCCAUGAUCCAGAAUCUGGUUUAUAUCUAACUUUGUCUUUCCCUCUCUGAAAACUGAAUGAUGGACUUUUGUCUUAAACACUGGUGUUUAAGUAUGUGUACCAUUAAUGCGUGGAAAGCAGACAGUUAGACAGACUGAGUGUCUGUCCAACUACACUGCAGAGGGUUUUCAUGUUUCAGGUCAGAAGAGAAAAGCCCAGCUUCCUGAGAAAGCAGUGUUUCAUUUUGCACGCUGUCUUUGAACCAGUUUGUUGUCUGCUGACCUCUUGCAUGACUCACAUUGAACCAUUUUGCACUGACUGAAUAAAAAUUGAAAACAUGGA